UUCUAUUGAGCCACUACACCUUUAAUGAUUUAGACGCUGUUACCCAUGAUUCCAUGCCGUGUUAACAGUUGGCUGAUGGCUAUUUCGGAGUGACAGUGUGUGUAAUAGUAAUACACGCAGUUUGACUAGCAGUUAGUGGAGUAGUGCGCACUUCUAUUUGUAGUGCCAUGAGACACACACACGUGCACAGGACAGCGAGAUGAGAAAAGAGUUUAUUUCCACCUGAAAUGUUUAUUGCUCGAAUAGUUAAGCCAUGAUUGGGAGUCUUAUUUAUUACGGGCUGUUCCCGCUCACCCAGCUCUUCAUUAGGCUCUCAGAAUAUUGGUGGAAACAUCAUCCAGUGAUAAUUAAUGGCAAAGCAGUGUGUGAUGGUCGUGCACGUUCCUGCAGAAGUCUUAAUAAGCAGCCGGCUGUUUUGUUGGAUCAGUGGUGCAACGCUGAUACUGAAACUACAGAAAGCCCUACACGCACUCCGCAUGAAAGGAAGGAAGUUGUGGGACUGGAGGAGAGCAGAUCUCUUUUUGAGAUAAUUGAGGUGGUAGUGGAGCCGAAGAGCAAGAUGGAAGAGAACGAAAGGAAGAUUUGUUCAGCUGACCUGAAGGUUCCUGAUCCAGAGUCACUGACAGAAGGGGACUUGGUCUCUGUAUCGGAAUGUGACAAAAUCCACGCUGCUGCUCAUGAGUGCAAAGGGACGUCAAGUAGGCAGAGAUUUGAAGGAACGAUGACAGAAACUGGAGGUGUGUUUUCGUUCCUGCCAGCAGAUAGUUUCUCAUGUCAACAUGUCAAAAGCCCGCAAGAAUUCCACACUAACAGAAGUGAGUUCUUUAAACCAACAGCAGAUGGUGCUGAAGGAAGUGAUGGCUCUAAAGUACAACUGUCCUUUGAUCCGUUUACCCCUGAGAAUGUGUAUGGCAGUGACUUGUCCACCAGAGCAGGUGAAGCUCAGGUCAGUAAUGGCAGUCUUGUGUAUGACCUGAGUGAACUGCUGCUGGACAGUCAUGAACAGUCCAUUAGUAAUCACUCAUGGCUUCAGCCUGUGCCCCAUCAUUUGCAUUUUCCAGUGGGACUUGGACUGUCAGAGGAAGUAUAUUACCCCUUUCAGGAUUCUGGUGCAAGCUACUACCACGGAUUUCAAGGAAAUACAGAUUUUGAAGUGAUGUGGAGGGUGUGGGAGGACCUCAAUGUGACCUCCUGUCUAGGUACAUCUCCCCCCACAGCAUCUGCAGAGCCUGAGUCUACGUUCGACUUCACUGUUAUGUCCUACAACAUCCUGGCCCAGGAUCUGCUGGAAGCUAACAUAGAGCUGUAUACACACUGCUCAGAGGAGGUGCUAGCAUGGGAAAACCGCUUACAGAACAUUCUUAAAGAGCUGCAGACCUGGGAGCCUGACAUUAUUUGUCUUCAAGAGGUGCAAGAAAAUCAUUUCCAGGAGCAGCUUUAUCCAGCCUUGACUGAAAUGGGAUAUGACUGCGUAUACAAACGCCGCACAGGCACCAAGACAGACGGCUGUGCGGUGUGUUACUACACUCAGCGCUUUACACUACUCUCUGUGCACCUGCUCGAGUUCCAGCGCCACGAUCAUGAACUGUUGGACCGGGACAACGUGGGCAUCGUGGUACUCCUACAGCCAACCACCGUGCAUGCUGAAGGCAUUAAGUUUCGCCCCAUCUGCGUGGCCAACACACACCUGCUGUUCAAUCCCAGGAGGGGAGAUGUGAAACUGGCCCAGCUGGCCAUAAUGCUGGCAGAGAUUGACAAAGUGGUCAGGCAUUGUCAGGUCAAAGGGCAUGAGUGCGAGAUCAUUCUGUGUGGAGACUUCAAUGCCUUACCCAACAUGCCGCUGUAUCAGCUGAUCGUCACGGGCCAGCUCUACUACCACGGGCUACCAAACUGGAUGGUGUCUGGUCAGGAGGACUUGUCCUACAAAACCCAUCACAGACGGCUCUAUGCACCUUUAUGGCCCAACAGCUUGGGUAUCAACGAUAACUGUCGCUACUGUGAAGUCAGCGAACCUCUUAGCAAAACAUCAGGGAAACUGCAGUACAAUCAUGACUUCCUGCGGCAGCUGCGUUACUGCCCGGCAGCCUGUGUGCGGCCCUCUGACCUGGAGCUCAUACCAGGCGUCACCGACAACACUCCAAGCAAAGUGGUGUCGUCUUGCACCUCAAGGGUCCCGGCCAGGCUCGAUUCCUGUCUCUGUGUGCAUGGGGUUUGGAUGUUCUCCCUUUGCUUGGUGGGUGUCCACCAGGUUCUCUGGCUUCCCCCCACAGUCCAAAGAUAUGUAGGUUAGGUUAAUUGACGUUCCCAAAUUGCCGGUAGUAUGUGUGUGUGUGUGUUUGCGCCCUGUGAUGGUUUGGCACCCUGUCCAGGGUGUACCCCGCCUUGUGCCCCAAGUCUCCUGCGAUAGGCUCCAGGCCUUCAGCAUUUAAACAAUACAAAAUAACUAGUAAUACAAACGUUAACUGAGCAGUGUGUAUCUGUUAUCCACCAUAAUUAUUACUUUGAAAGAAAGAAAUUUCUAAAUAAAUAACUCUCUCCUACUACACAGAGUGAUGUGUAAAUAGUUUAGUGUACCUCCUGUGGGAUUAUAAAAAUAAAAAAAAACUCCCUAAAUGCCUCUAAAGUCUAAAAACUUCACUUGACAAUGAGCACGCGGCUUGAGUGGAGUCAGUGGAUGUAGUGUGUCAACAUGUCAACCGUCAGCCAAAAGAAUCACGAUUCAUAACCUAAUCACCCCUUCCAUCUCUACAAACCAUGUUAAAAAAUAUAAAAAAAAUUUUUUUUGCUAAUCAGUCACAUGUGUCUAAAAGCAGACCAUAUGGAGCCACACAUAAUGGAUGAGGUCAAUGUACAGUUUGUGCAAGUCUCUGCAUAACUAAAAUAGAUGAAGCACAUGUGUUUUUAAACAUCUCGCUUAGUGCACAGUGGCCUGGUCAUGGCACAGAAGGUUUGGACCUUGUAGUUUCACUGAAAGAAAAUCUUAAUGCCAAGGUAUUUUAGAAACUGUUUGCAACUUUGGACAGUUUUAAGGUGUCCACUGUCUCACCAUGAUGUACUAUAGUCUCAACUGAUAUAAUCUGCUGAUUAACAUUAGGGUUAUUUGCAGGUGCUAAGCUACAUGUACUGUACUGGUCUUUUUUUUUUUUUUUUUUUUAAACUACAUUCUGUACAUUUUGUAAUAUUUGUCUCAUAAAUUUCUUUGUCAUUUGAAAUCAUCAUGCUGUUAUGCUUUAUUUUUGAA